GAUGGAUGGAUGAACUAAGGAAAGCGUAACGUAUUAUUUUUAAAGCAUUAUUUGAUCUGUUAUUAAUUCGUUAAUGUCCCAGCUAUUGUUUAACCUCUAAACUACUUCUACUUUAGUAGAAGUAGAAGGAUUUGAGUAUCCCUCGUGUUUCUUACAAGGGGAAAAAGCGUGCCUGAACAAACAAACAAAAGUUUUAAAAUGGCUGGACCACCAGCAAAACAUUAAAACAAUAAAUGACACCUGGAAGUUUUAGUGAUCUAAUGUGCCUUUAAGAAGAAACUUGGCGCUGUCUGAAGACUUUAAUUGACAACAGUUGACAACAGUCCUGAGGAAAACAAAGUAGUGUUUAAUUAUUAUUAUCAUCUUCUCACAAUACACAGCACCAAAGUGGGGCAGUGACUUCAACAGAAGCUACAGAAACAAAUCCAGAUCAUCCAUGCCUCACAUGAAGUGACAGAUCUUCAGUAUUGAUACGCUCAUGUUUAGGUGGGUGUGUGUUUUCAGGGGAAGGGGCGUCUCUUUUCUUCCAACAUUUGUGGAGAAGAAAAUAAGAAGAAAAUAAAAGUGAAGAUCGCACAGUCCGUGUUCGUGCUGUGAAGGUGGGUUUGUCUACAGCUCAUACCUUACGCGGCAAUGCAGAAGCAGAACAUGAAGAACACUGAGAUGAUGAAACAGCUUCAAGACAAAGCUAAGCCGAGACUCAGCACUAAACUUGACUUAAGAGAGCCCGACGACAGCAGGGAGCGGGGACCGGGGUGGCUGUUCAGACGCAGCAAACCGACAACCGUUGACCUCGGCGGGUCCAACUUCUCCUCUGAGCCCGAUCUGCAAUUCUGCCCCGGUAAUGACGAGGGUUCAGGACGGGGAACGGACAGACCCUUCAAGUUCACGACAAAGUGCUCCCCUCCGGUGAGUCUCGCGGGGCCAGUGGGCAGCAGCGGGGGAUGGCAGGACAUCGCUGCUCCAUCAGGGUCCAACUCUGAGCACGCCUCCAGCAUCUAUAAACUGGAAAUUGAAAUACAGCGAGGCCAGAAUCUGGCCAUACGAGAUAGACAAGGCACCAGUGAUCCAUAUGUGAAACUGGCAUUCGGCAGUAAAGAUGUGUUCAAAAGCAAAACCGUCUUCAAGAAUCUGAACCCAGUGUGGAAUGAGAGGACAUGUCUGUUUGUCUAUAGUCUGAGUGAGCCUCUGAAUGUCAAGGUGUUUGAUCAUAACGUUUUAUUCACUGACGACUUCAUUGGUUCUGCAUACCUGCAACUGGACUCGCUAGAGCAACAGAGGACUACACCAAUAACACUAGAGCUGAAGGAUCCGCAGUUCCCCGAUGUAGACCUGGGCACAGUGGAGCUGGCAGUCACCCUGACGUCUGAACUGUGUCCUAUAGAUGAGCAACCACACAUGAUGCAGCAGGCUCCAAAGUCCCUACUGUGGCAAUGGAUUGUCAGCAUUUCCUUGAUCGAAGGCCGCGGCCUCCUGCCUAUGGAUCCUAACGGUCUGAGUGACCCGUAUGUCAAAUUCACACUGGGUCAGCAGAAGUACAGGAGCAAGGCUCUGCAAAAGACACUGAAUCCUCAGUGGAGGGAACAGUUUGAUCUGCAUCUCUAUGAUGAGAAGGAUGGAGUGCUGGAGAUCUCGGUGUGGGACAGAGACACUGGAAGUAAAGAUGACUUCAUGGGAAGCUGUAAGCUGGACCUCACUGCCCUGGCCAAAGAACGAAAGCAUCACGUAGUUCUGCCACUAGAGGACUUCCGGGGUUAUGUGGUCUUGCUGGUCAGACUCAGUGCUUCACCCUAUGAGUUCAUUGCUGACCUGUCAGUCACUCCACUGGACAACCCCAACGAACGCAAGGAGAUACUCGAACACUACGGUGUGUGGAAGUCAUUCUCCAAUGUUAAAGAUGUAGGAUUAGUGCAGGUGAGGGUGUUGAGAGCUGAGGGCCUCUCUGCUGCAGAUGUCAAUGGUAAGAGCGACCCUUUCUGUGUGUUGGAACUAAAUAAUGAACGUCUUCAGACACACACUGUCCAAAAGAAUCUCAAUCCAGAGUGGAAUAAGGCCUUUACCUUUAAUGUGAAAGACAUCCACUCAGUGUUGGAGGUGACGGUGUUUGAUGAGGACAAGGACAGACGUGCUGACUUCCUGGGGAAAGUAGCGAUCCCCUUAUUACGUGUUCGUGAUGGUGAGCUGAAGGGAUACGUGUUAAAAAACAAGGAACUAACUCAUCCAACCAAAGGUGUCAUCUACCUGAAGAUCGAUGUCGUCUACAACACCGUGAAAGCGGCUUUAAGGACUGUGGUGCCUGCACAGCAAAAAUACGUUGAGGAGGAACCUAAAAUUUCCAAGCAGCUGCUGCAGAACAAUUUGAACCGUGUGAAGCGAUUCAUCAUGAUCCUCAUCAGUACUGCGAGGUACAUCAACAGCUGCUUUCAAUGGAAAUCUACAAGGAGGAGCAUCGUUGCAUUUGUGCUGUUUGUGCUGGUGGUGUGGAACUUUGAGUUGUACAUGGUGCCCCUGCUGCUGUUCUUAGCACUGGUCUGGAACUACUUCUUCUGCCCAAGAGAAACCGAUAUGGUCACGUUUGAGUGGGAGGUGGAAGAGGAGGAUAAAGAAGACAAGGACAAAGGAUUUAUGCAAAGACUGUUUGCCAUUCAGGAAGUGCUCAUUGUCAUACAGAGUGCAUUGGAUGAAGUGGCGUCCAGUGGAGAGAGAAUAAAGAACACCUUCAACUGGACAGUGCCGUUUCUCAGCUGGUUGGCCGCCACAGCCCUGUGUUUGGCCACGGCUCUUCUCUACUUCAUACCUCUUCGAUACCUCAUCCUUGCCUGGGGUGUUAAAAAAUUCACCAAGAAGCUCAUUAAUCCAUACGUGAUUGACAACAAUGAACUCCUGGACUUCCUUUCCAGAGUGCCUUCUGACAUUCAAGUGGAGAAGUGCGAUAGCUUGUGCCUUCAGAGAUUUCUUCAGAGGUUUCCUCCAUGGAGUCAGCAGUUUAUUUUAAAGAUGGUGCUGGGCAAAGUGAGGGCUCUGGCCAUCAACUUUGACACCAUGAAUGAGAACAACCUUCCCGUGUUCUCCGGCGGAGAACUGGUGUCAGGACGGGUUAUAGUGGAUGUGACCGGGGAUCUGCGGGUCAAGAGUCUGGACCUGGUCGCCAAAGGAAUCGCCAAGGUUCGGUGGACAGAGUCGAGGAACGCAGGAGCCAACACGUCUUAUGCCCAGAACUACACCGAGGAGGUGGAAUACUUGCACCACUAUGACACGCUGAUAGGAGAGGAGAGGGAUGAAGACUGUCCAGAAGAAGGUCUGACGGUUCUGCAUGCUGGACUACAUGAGUUUGCUUUUAGCUUUAAUCUGCCUCAGAUGGCCUUAGCCACAUCCUUUGAGGGGAAGCAUGGCAAUGUAAGGUACUGGGUAAAGGCAGAACUCCACCGUCCAUGGCUGCUCCCUGUCAGAGUCAAGAAAGAGUUCAUUGUGUUUGAACACAUUGACAUCAACACACCACUGCUGCUGGCCCCACAGGCUGGGACAAAGGAGAAGACCCUUUGUUGCUGGUUCUGUGCUUCAGGUCCAAUCUCCCUCAGUGCCAAGAUUGAGCGAAAGGGCUACACUCCAGGUGAAUGCAUCCAAAUAUUUGCUGACGUAGAGAACUGCUCAUCCCGGGUUGUGGUCCCUAAAGCGGCCUUAUACCAAAACCAGACAUUCUUUGCCAAAGGCAAGGGCAAACAGAUUCAGCAACUUGUGUCCAAUCUUCGAGGGGACUGGGAAGGGAAACUGCUCAAAAUUCCACCAGUGUCCCCUUCCAUUUUGGACUGUCCCAUCAUUAAAGUGGAAUAUGCUCUGGUGGUGUAUGUGGACAUUCCUGGGGGGUUAAACUUGUCCCUCUCUUUGCCUUUGGUGAUUGGAACCAUACCUCUGCAUGCCGGCACCAGCCGCACUUCCAGCAUCAGCAGCAACUGCAGCACCAUGACUUGGCUGGGCCUGUCAGAGACACCUGAGGCUCCUCCAAGUUACAGCGAUCUGAGGAUAUCAGAGUCGCACAGACGGGACUGUCUGCGGGGUUGUAAUAGGUCAGAGCAGGAGGAGGAGGACUACAGUGCCCUGCUGACCUACAUCACUGAGUUCAGAUAUUUGCCACCACCUGUCUACUCUGAGGUCGACCCCUGUGCUGACGUCGUGGAGGCCACGAAUGUCAGCAGACCUGACACGUUUCCGUCCCGCUGAGCUACGAAACACUUCUGCACAAACCCAUGCUGUUACCCUGAUCUUACAGGACACAGAGCCGCCUUUUUGCCGGAUUAUAUAUCAGGAGAGAUGUGCCCAGACCCUCACUAAUGAGGGAUUAUAAGCAGACUAGUAUCAGGUGACCACUGACAAAUAGACCAGGAAGAUUGAGUCAUGCUGGACCUUCUGUCUUCCUUCUGUGACAGGGGCAACAACAAGCAGCUCUGUCUGACAUCGCUGCAGGAGGAAGGAUCAGACUGUACUAAGAACUUUGCACAAACCAUGACUCUUUCUGUCAGUGGACCUAUUUACUUCAGAUUUCCCACAGGCAUUUCUAUUCUUCUGUAAAAUCUGUCCGAACGAGUGUGACGUUUUGAUCUAAAGGGCACAUUUAAAAGAGAGCAAAAGUUGUUUUCUCAUCUCAUGGAGAUGUCACAGUCACUAAACAGACUUUGGGUUUUAAUAGAUUAUUUUUUCAAUGUUAAAAUGGAAAAGAAACCCACAGUAGAUCAGGAUGUCAUAAGAAGAGCUGUUUCCAGCCGUUAAAUGCAGUACUGGUUAGAAAAGAUGACCAGCUAGUGCACUGGAUGGGGAUUUUCAGGAAUGGUUGUUGUAUGAAGUACUGGUUGGUACUGUACUUGGGCCAUGGUGACCACCAAAGAGAGAUGUUACAAAUUCCUUCAAAAACAAAAGGUCAAAACAAACAGAAGCUAAUGUCAGCUGAAAGCUGUAAUUUCUGCAUCACAUCAAACUCCACAGAAAAAGGUUUGCCUUUGGUUUGUUAGCGAUGGAGGCAGAAGAUGAUCAACUAUUCAACUAUGACAUGUUAGUUUAAGAAACCACUCUGUUUCGCUGUGGGUCUUGAUGUGUGUUCAAGAGCUGCAAAAACAAAAGACUAACAGCAGGUACAGUAGAUCACACAUUUCUAAGAAUAUUUCUGAGAAAUAGUUGUGUAAAUCUUUUCUUGUUGGAGUGGCUUAAACAUUUUUAAAUGUCUGACACAGAGCACGGCCAGUGCCUUGUACAACUACAUUCCAAAAACGACUGAAUUUGCCCUUUUGAGAUUAAACCUACAAUGUUUGUGUGUAUGUGUGUGUGUGUGUGAAAUGGAUGUUUGUAAAAAAAAAAGUCCAG